GACAAGCAGGAGGCUCAGGGAAGAGAACUCUAGGCAUUUGGUCAAACCCAAGUGGCUUUGCCAAAAGGUCCUCUGUCCUGCCUGCUGUCUUGCACUGGAUUCAACGACCCUGGCCUGGUCAUUCAUGCUUGGUGCUCCGCAAGUGCUCCCUGGGAUGUUACUUCCUGCUGUUUUGCAAACCGUUGUCUUUUUGUAUUUUUUUUUCUCCUGGGGAGCAUGUGGGUGACUUUCAUCAGAUCCUCACAGAGCCUGUGACCCUCAAACCGUUCCGAACUCUGGUAGCUUCUGUGGCAGGUCUUGCUUCAGGCAGGAUGGCUGUGGCCUGGCUUGCCAGUGCUGGCCUCAGGCCAGGGGCCCCUUGGGGCACUGAUGUCCAUGUCCUGUGGGGCUCUGUUUCCUGAGACCUGGACACUUGCCCCCCCAGCACAGAGCCCCAACUUCUGUGUCAGUCGGGUCAUUUCUCCUCUCUUUUCUCCCCCAGACCUCAUGGACCAAUGCCCGAGCCAGACGCCAGCUUGUGACGGAGACUGAUAAAAAGGCAGCCUUGUUGGUGCCGGAUGGGAGUGCCCAGGCCUGUCGCAUGAGGUUGGCACAUGCACCAUGUCAUCAUGCGUCUCUAGCCAGGCCAGCAGUGACCGGGCCGCCCCCCAGGAUGAGCUGGGCGGCAGCAACGACAGCAGCGAAAGCCCGAGGCCCUGUGAGGCCCUGCGGGGCCUCUCCUCCCUGAGCCUCCACCUGGGCAUGGAGUCCUUCAUCGUGGUCACCGAGUGUGAGCCGGGCUGUGCUGUAGACCGCAGCCUGGCCCGGGACCAGCCCCUGGAGGCUGAUGGCCAAGCGGUCUCCCUCGACACUGCUGGGCCCCAGCCCCACCUCUCCAGCCGCAAGCUCUCUCUGCAGGAGCGGGCCCAGCUGGAUGUGAAUGGACGUAUCCACCCGUCCCUGCCCUACUCGCCCAUCAGCUCCCCACAGUCCUCCCCGAGGCUGCCCCGGCGGCCCACGGUGGAGUCCCACCACGUCUCCAUCACUGGUAUGCAGGAUUGCGUACAGCUGAAUCAGUACACACUGAAGGACGAAAUUGGAAAGGGCUCCUAUGGCGUCGUCAAGUUGGCCUACAAUGAAAAUGACAAUACCUACUAUGCGAUGAAGGUGCUGUCCAAAAAGAAGCUGAUCCGACAGGCGGGCUUCCCACGCCGCCCCCCGCCCCGAGGUACCCGGCCAGCCCCGGGGGGCUGCAUCCAGCCCAGGGGCCCCAUUGAGCAGGUGUACCAGGAAAUCGCCAUCCUCAAGAAGCUAGACCACCCCAACGUGGUGAAGCUGGUGGAGGUCCUGGAUGACCCCAACGAGGACCAUCUGUACAUGGUGUUUGAGCUGGUUAACCAAGGGCCUGUGAUGGAGGUGCCCACCCUCAAGCCGCUCUCUGAAGACCAGGCCCGUUUCUACUUCCAGGAUCUGAUCAAAGGCAUCGAGUACUUGCACUACCAGAAGAUUAUCCACCGGGACAUCAAACCUUCCAACCUGCUGGUUGGAGAAGAUGGGCACAUCAAGAUCGCUGACUUUGGUGUGAGCAAUGAGUUCAAGGGCAGUGACGCGCUCCUGUCUAACACGGUGGGCACACCUGCCUUCAUGGCCCCUGAGUCGCUCUCAGAGACCCGGAAGAUCUUCUCCGGGAAGGCGUUGGAUGUUUGGGCCAUGGGUGUGACACUGUACUGCUUUGUAUUUGGCCAGUGCCCAUUCAUGGACGAGCGGAUCAUGUGUCUACACAGUAAGAUCAAGAGUCAGGCCCUGGAAUUUCCAGACCAGCCUGACAUCGCUGAAGACUUGAAGGACUUGAUCACCCGCAUGUUGGAUAAGAACCCCGAGUCACGGAUCCUGGUGCCAGAGAUCAAGCUGCACCCCUGGGUCACCAGGCACGGGGCGGAGCCACUGCCAUCGGAGGACGAGAACUGCACCCUGGUCGAGGUGACCGAAGAGGAGGUCGAGAAUUCGGUCAAACACAUUCCCAGCCUGGCGACCGUGAUCCUGGUGAAGACCAUGAUCCGCAAGCGCUCCUUCGGAAACCCAUUUGAGGGCAGCCGGCGGGAGGAGCGCUCCCUGUCAGCGCCUGGAAACCUGCUCACCAAAAAACCAACCAGGGAGUGUGAGCCCCUGUCCGAGCCCAAGGAAGCAAGGCAGCGAAGACAGCCUCCGGGGUCCCGACCCGCCCCCCGUGGGGGAAGAGGAGGUGCUCUUGUGAAAGGCGUGUCCCCUGUGCUGAAUUGGGACGCCGCGGCCCCCAGCUCCCCCGCCAGCAUGCAUCCGCUGCAGCCCGAGGAGGCCAUGGAGUAGCUGCUCGGAUGGAGUAGCUGCCGGGACCGCCCGACCACGCAUGCGCCUCACCUGCGCCUCACCUGCGGGGCCGCGCACCCUGCGUUCCCCAGCAGCAUGUCCUACGGAAACCCUGCACGUGUGUAGGGCCUUGAUCGUCAUCUCUGGUUUGUUUUAUUUUUCUUUGUUGUUUUAAAGGGGACAAAAAAAAAGAGACUUCACUCCGUGACAUCGACCUAGGCCGCUGGCUGGCUGAACAGGCAGGUGUGAGGAGUUGCAGACCCAAACCCACGUGCAUUUCGGGGACAUUUGCUUUUUAAAACGUUUUUAUGCCAAAAAUUCUUCAUUGUGAACUCAGAACCAUGUCAGAGAUAACCAAGUGAAUGUGUGUGGGGCUUGAAAGUCGUGAAAACUGGUCAGAAACUCUGUCGUGUGGUCUGAGACCAGCAGAGUUGACUGUUGCAUUUGAAAAAAGAGCAGGGGUGACUGGGGCAGCCCCACACCCGGGAACCUUCUGGAACCUGGACUGGAGGGGGCAGAGCAGGGCUUAGCCUGCCGCAGCUGCAGCAGGCAACUUUCUCCUGAGAAAGACUGUCAAUUUUCUUUUUUUUUUUUUUAUCAGUAGCGUAGUCAUACAAAGAGAAAGGGCUUGAAGCUUCAUUGCUUCACAAAGAGGGUUCUCGGACCCUAGAAAGGGCAUUUGGUGGUGGGAGUGGGAAGUUCCCCUAAAGGACGGUGGCUCAGCUCAGGCGGGUUUCUGAAGGAGUUGACUGAGCUCUAGUAAAUCUCGUUUAAUUAUAAAAACUUCAGGGUGAAAUCCUACACUUCCAUGUACAUUACAUGGCAUCAGAGUAAACAAAAAAGUUUUCCCAUCCUCUAGCUAGACUGAACUCGCGUUCAAACGUUAUUUAGCGCUUCCAGGAUCUAGCCCACGGCUUCCGACACGUGGUUGGAGUUAGACCCAGUGAGAUGCUUAAUGUAGAGUAGCAGCUUAGCUUGUUAUGACCUGUGUAUCUAGGGGCCACUAAGGGUUUGAUUUCUUCUUAAAUACUAGCUGAUUGUUGUCGUCUGUGAAAUACCCAGUUUCUGAAGGGCCGGUUAGAAAACCCUUUCAAUCGCCUGACAUGCAGAGGAUGGUCCCGACUGGCCAAGCUCUGUUGGGAUCCGUACUGCAACUUUGGGGCACCUUUUGGAGAAGCUUGUUGAAGCCCAGGGCACUCCUCAGGGUCGAGGGAACCAGGUCUUGUCUCGGGAAGUUCCCUUUUGGAGCCAAAAGUCCAGAAAGAAAAAGUUUACCUUUUUGACUCCCAAUUAAUAUGGGGGAAUUUGGUUGCGGUUCAAGUGCAUCUUCUUGCAGAGCUGCAUGUGGGUGGGUGAGUAUGACAUUGUCGGAAACCGGGAGAACUUUGCCCUGGGCCAUUCCCAGCACGGCUCCCCGCUGCUUUCCCCAGUUCGAAGUCUGGCUGCGGGGGGCGAAUGGGUGGGCAGCAGCGGCAGGACCCGACCUGCGUUCUGUAGCUCUUGUCUGGUCAGCAUUGGUGUGGAAGCGAGCCUUUGCUCCCCGGCCAGUGUGCUCGCUGAGCCCGGCUUCCAGGUUUCCACAGAUCUUCGUGAGCUCUUGACUGUAGUUACACUUUCCUGUUCUCUCGUUGACAGUACUGCGGCAGAAAAUGCCGGUGGCCACCCCAGGCAAAGGACCCUGACGGAGGUGGUCUUGCCGCCCUGCUUGCUUUUUCUAACUAGUACUUUGCUUGCCCUCCUGCCCUUGUUUAAAUGUAUGGGCUCCACCCUUCUGGGAGCAGAUGGGCUUUGGUUAGUUCGCAAUAAGCACCUUGUAGCAGUUCCAGUCACGAUCCUGAGUCAUCGUCCCAGCCUGUCUGUGCAGACUCGGGCCUGGCCCAGGGGCUCCCCCAGGGAGGGCGUGCUGGUGGCUCCCCGUGUUUACACAACUGCAUUGGGCAUUGCGGUUCCUCCCCGCAACGAGACUCUCCACGUGUGGGGUGCCAGGCAGUACCCAGGCUGUGGAGGCAGGAGGCUUGGGGGAGGCCCACAUUCGUAAUUUUUUUUUUAACAAAGAAACACCAAAGAAAGUGAUGGAAAGGACCCCACCCCCGUGGGAAGUGUAAGUGGAGCCGGCGAUAACAAAAAGCGUUAGAGCUUCCUCUUUUCUAGCACAAACAUGCGUUUCGAAAAGCCGGCCGUUUCAGGAAAGGGGAGAGGCUGUGGUGAGCAAAGUGGGCACCAUUCAUGGCUCUGGUUGUUGACUCAUGUGGGGCCCAUUUGGUGCACCUGUGGCCUUGAAGGAAGCACAAGUUCCCCCAUUUUUCCUCUGCCCAGUUCCCCUUCCCCUUCUGUUUGCACAGGCUGGCCAGUGGCUCCCCAAAAGCCUUAUCUAGCCCCUUGUUGGCAGUAGGGGCUGGCGAAGCCUCCUCCCCGCGGCAUUGAUCUUUCCUGUGAGUUGGGCUCCUGUCCUCAAAGCCUUUCUGGAACAAGGAGGUGAAAGGACACCUGUGCACCUAGAUGCGCAGGCUGGGCCUGUCACUCCCACCGGGUCUCCGGGGCAGCUUCAUGUUCCUGGGGAGGGAAGCACCAUGCCCUCCACUCGCUUCCAAGGUGCUAGGGAGGGUUUCAAGGUCGUUGGCUCCCGUCUUCUUCCCAGCUUUAGGGACCGAAUUUCGUGGGACUGCUGACUUUUCUAUUCUGUGACUGACUCAAUGCCCGAUGCUUCUGUUUUAUUCCUGAUCCUUUCUACUAUGCAUUUUCCUUUUAUCAGGUGUACAAAGUUAAAUACUGUGUAUUUAUCACUUAAAAGUACAUGAACUUAAGAGAAAAAAAAUAAGCCUUUGGUGUUUUUCCACAGAUGUUUAUGCUUCUCUGUAAACUUGAAAUAAACAGACAGCAAAAUGGUGCAA